AUGCCUUCAGCAACAAACGGCACCUCAAACGGCCAUGGCACUUCCGCCCUCUGCUCCCUCAACGACUUUCUCAAAGAGGAAUAUGAUUACAUUGUAGUAGGAGGGGGCACAGCCGGCCUCUGCGUCGCCGCCCGCCUAACAGAAAACCCCGACGUCAAAGUCGCCGUCCUCGAAGCCGGUGCAAACCUGAUGGAUGACCCGCAAAUCACCACCCCAUCCCUCUACCCGACCCUCAUAGGCCGCGAAAAGUACGACUGGUGCUACAACAGCAUCCCGCAACCCGGCUGCAACGGCAAGACCAUGUCCCAACCUCGUGGCAAAGCUCUAGGCGGGAGCAGUGCGAUAAAUUAUCUCAUGUAUGUCCGUGGUUCGCGAGGCGAUUAUGAUGGGUGGGAGAGCCUGGGGAAUAAAGGGUGGGGAUGGGAGGGGAUGGCGCCGUAUUUUCGCAAACAUCAGUGUCUUGACGUUACGGGCAAGGAGUCGACGAACAAAGAUUUCAUGCCUUUUGCGGCGAAGGAUAAGUGGCAUGGGAAUGAGGGGCCGAUUCAUACGAGUUUUAAUGACUAUUAUGAGCCUUUCGAGGAGGACUUCUGUACCGCGGCCUAUGAAGUUGGUGGAGGGGAAAAGACGUUGACUGAUGCCUGGAGUGGUGAUCAUAUGGGCUUCUAUAGCUCGCUGGCUGCUGUCAACCGGACAAACGAUAAUGGCAAGCGGUCUUAUGCUGCGUCUGGAUACUUGCGGCCGAAUCUUGGUCGGAAAAACCUUAAAGUGCUUACUGACGCUUUGGCGACGCAAAUCAUGCUCGAAGGCAAUACAGCUGUUGGAGUCGAGUUCACACAUGAUGGCCAGAAGCAUACCGUCAAAGCAUCGAAAGAGGUUGUUCUCUCUGGUGGUGUGAUCAACAGUCCACAAUUGCUUGAGCUGUCUGGCAUCGGUGAUCCGGAGGUUCUUAAGGCUGCUGGUGUCGAGUCCAAGGUCAAGAAUGAGCGAGUUGGCGCAAACUUUCAAGAUCACAUUCUCGGCGGGAUGCUGUGGAACAUGAAAGACGGCUCUCAGAAUCUCGACUCACUCCAUGGCGCGGAGUAUCAGAAGCUCAUGGAAGAGCAGUACAACAAGACUGGUGAUGGGCCAUAUGGGUCGCCCGGCAUGUUGAUGGGUUUCGUCUCAUACGCAUCGCUCGUCAGCAAGGAGGUCCUGGACCAGACCAUCUCCGAGAUCCGAAAGAACUCAUUGGCUAAGACUGACUUCGAAAAGAGGCAAGAGGAUGUAAUCGUCAAGCAAUUGUCCGACCCUACUUUCGCGAACAUCCAGACUUUUUGUAUCGGUGCUCGGUUGGAUGUCAGCCAAGGUCAAAGCCAGGUUGGCUUCUUUGCUGCGCCACCAGAAGGCAAGACGUGUGCAUCGCUGCUCGUUUGCCUUGAGCAUCCUCUCUCACGUGGCACCGUACACAUCACAUCCUCAGACCCGACACAACAUCCUCGCAUCGACCCAGGAUAUUUCCGUAACCCUGCUGACAUCAAAAUCAUGGCAGAGGGCAUUAAAUGGAUGUCGAAGGUUGCUGAUCGCCCCGUGCUGAAGAAGAGUCUGGGAGAGCGCAUCUUGCCACCUGAAGGUGCUAGCAUUGAGAGCGAAGAGGAGAGGUCGGCAUUCGUGAGGGAUCAUAUUUCUACCCAAUACCACAUCAUUGGCACGUGCGCAAUGGGUGAAGUGGUAGAUGACAAACUUCGUGUUAAGGGCGUCAACAAUCUCCGAGUCAUCGACGCUUCGGUCUUUCCAGGACAUGUGUCUGGUAACAUCAUGGCUUCGACGUACGCUGUCGCCGAGAAAGCCGCCGACAUUCUCAAGAAGGACGAUGGACGCUACCUCAAUAAAGUUGAUUCGCACGUACAGUAG